AUGGCAUUGACCUCCCUUGGAAGCGACUACAGCAUCAACACCUGCUUCCCCACAAAAGUCUGGUUAGAUUUCGUCGAUGCCGAUACCAUCACCCCAAAACUCAUCAAUAACACCGCCGCCGAUAUCUGCCCACGCCCCAUCUGUCCCCCACCAGCCGUCGCCCUCAUCGAAAACACCUUCAACCAAAACUGUAUCAACUCUACCGAUCCUGAAGAGCAGGCGGGUGCCAAUUGGUUGUUUGGCGUUUCGUCAUUGUAUAUCCCCUUGAAGGAAGGGAUGUGCCAGACGGUCAGUCCAACGAAUGGAACCUUCUGUGUGACGACCUUGACAGAGAACCUGGUUUCUUAUUCGAACAAGAAGAACCCUGGGAAGAAGUUUAGUUGGGAUAUGUUUUUGAACGGGACGCAGAUGCAGCAGUGGGUUGACUCGGUGCCGUCGUCCUUGCUCUGUACUCCCUGUACGCAAUCAAUGCUCAACCCGUUGGAGCAGUACGUCUCGGUUCAUCAGCUUAGUCUGGACCCCUAUGUGGUCGCUUGGGUCCGAUUCUUGUUGACCCAGGUCUCUCGCAAAUCAUCAUCAUCAUCUUCCUCCUCCUCCUAA